GAGGCGAGCAGUUCAGCGAGCCAACGAAGAAGUCUACAUUGGAAGAUCCAGGGAGAGAGCGAACGAGAGCGAGCGAGCGAGAGAGACAGGGCGUGCAUGUGUGUGAUGUGCAGAAGGAAGCAUUUCUUCAGUUCCAGCUAGCCCCCCGCUGUAUGUGUGAGAGAGCGAGCCUGCGUGUGUGAGCGAGAGAGGGGGCGACAGAAGGCGCACAGAAAGGAAGAGAAGAAGGAGAAAGGACGGAAGGAGGAGAGUAGACCAACCAAUUCAACCAUGCUGUGCUGUAUGAGAAGGACUAAGCAGGUGGAGAAGAACGAGGACGCCGACCAAAAAAUCGAACAAGAUGCAAACAAACCAGAGGACAAAGCCCACAAAGCCGCCACCAAAAUCCAGGCCAGCUUCCGCGGACACAUAAUCCGGAAAAAGCUCAAGGGGGACAAGAAAGACGAGAAUUCCGGAGAGGCCGUGGAGAACCACAAGGAGAACGAGGCAGAAAAGACGGGGAACGGGACCCCCAAAACAGAGGCGCCCACCAGCGACGGACCUCUGUCCGGAGAGGACAAGAAGAAGAACGCCGAGAACUCUUCGGAAGACAAAAAGCCAGAAGGGGGUUCGGAGGAGAAAGCCAAAAACACAGAGAAGUCCACCACGGAAGAGUCAGGAGGCGCCGGGAAGGCGACCAGCGAGAACUCCUCGGGAGGCGACUCCAACCAAGCCAAGGAGGAGUCCAAACAAGCCAACGUGCCUGCUGCUAGCCCAGAAGCCGCUCCGGCAAAGGUGGAGCCCAAACACGAGAAAGUGGAGAGCAGUCAAGACGAGGAAAAGAAAGGAGAUGAUGUAGAAGGAACCAAACCUAGCGAAAGUGCCCAACAAGAAGAGGCUGCAAGUGAGGAGACCAAGGCGGACCAAGAAAAUGCCUGAACACAUUGAAAUGUUUCCCGUUAUCUCCUCUUGGACUCCAUUGUUUCGCCCCUUAUGACCCACUCUACCCGUUCUCUCGACCCCCCUUUCCCCCCUUUCUCCUCCUCACGUGGGUUCCUCCACCUCACCCCUCGCCCCUAUUCUAUCUCUCUCUCUCUGUGUGGCAGAUUCUAUAACAGGCAGGAAAGUUUCAGUCAAACAGUGUGGCUUAAACAUUUUUUUAAGUGUUUUCUUGGUGUUGUUAUGGCGAGUUAUCCAGUAUGGUCCAAUCAAUUCAUUUUGGAAACUCUUGCACUGUAUCCAAGUUUAAUACCGCCUCCCGUGAUCUAUCUCUCUGUUACACUGUGUGCAAUGUACUCCUCCCGGUUCCAGAUCUUUCCAGUGAAAAAAAAAAGGCGUCUUUUAUUUUUGUUUCUGUUCUCUUUUUUUUUAAUUCUCAGUUUUUUUUGUUCCUCUUCAAUGUGAUGGAAUGAACUUAUCAAAAAACGAAAAAAAAAAACGUAAAAAAAAGAAUUAUUAGCCCUCCCUACAGUUUGUUUUCCAAAAAUAAAGCGAUGUGCCAAUUAGCGUAUAUAACCGUCCGCCCCCGUGUGUGUUACUUGUCCUUUUCUUGAUCUGUUGACGUUUGAUGCCACGCCAAAACACUUUUGCUUCCUGCCGAUCUUUCCCACUGUAUCUCUGAACUUAGCUCCCUGUGUUGUGAAUGAAGAAGUCACUUUAAUGGCAUUGAGAAUGUACGGUUUUUGAUUUGUAGCGCACACGGAGGUAAUAAAUAGUUCUCGGUUC